GUCAGGAAUCUGAAAGAUGAAAUUGAAAAGAAAUAUGGGAAAGAAUUUCCUGCCUCCGGGCAAAAGUUAAUUUAUGCAGGUAAAAUCUUAAGUGAUGACAACCUUUUAUCAUCAUACAAUAUAGAUGAAAAAAGUUUUGUUGUAGUCAUGGUAACGAAGAGAUUGCAAACAGAAGAAAAGAAAGAAGAAAAGAAGGAGGAAACGAAACCACAAGAAACUGCUGCUUCUGCAGCUGCUGCCAGUGCAUCCGCUAGUAGUGCCCCGUCUGCUGCAGCCGAGAGCACACCCAAAGCAGCUGAGGAGAAGAAGAAGGAAGAAGAAAAGGCAGCAACCCCAGCCCAAGAAACAAAACCAGAAACACAGCAGUCGGGUGGAGUUGAAGCCUUCCAUAAUGCAGAAUCCACGCUAGUGAUUGGUGAAGAAUAUGAGAAUAUGGUGACAGAGUUGAUGAGUUUAGGCUUUGAUAGAGAUAAAGUCAUCAGGGCAAUGCAAGCAAGCUUCAACAAUCCAGAUAGGGCUGCAGAGUACCUCAUGACGGGUAUUCCAGAGUUUGUUCCAGAGUCAGCACCUGAAACGCCUGGAGGUCAACCAGCAUCACAGCAAUCAUCUCAACCAUCAUCACAGUCCUCAUCUCAACCAGGAGGUGAGAUUCCUUCGUUGGAAUUCCUAGUUCAACUUCCUCAGUUCCAGCAGUUACGGCAAGCCAUAACUCAAGAUCCAUCCAUGCUUGGUCAAUUUAUCCAGUCGCUAAGCCAAUCAAAUCCAGAGCUUCUCCAGAUGAUAAGUGAGAGGCAGGAAGAGUUCAUUGCCCUGAUUAACCAGCAGCCUGAUGCAGCGGCACAACCUGCUUCGGGCGGUGGUGGUGGUGGUGGUGGUGGAGGAGGGAGCAGCCAAUCACAACCUACAGCACAGCAGCAGCAAUCCUCAUCACAACCUACCAAUCCUCCCAGCCUACAGGCAGGGGGACAGCAAGGUAGUGGAGGUGGUCCAGGUAUCAGGAUGUCAGCUGAGAACCCAGGUGUCGCAUACAUUGAACUCAUGCCAGAAGAGAGGGACGCAAUUGAAAGACUGAAGGGCCUGGGUUUCCCAGAACAGGAAGUAAUAGAAGCCUACUUUGCUUGUGACAAGAAUGAAAAUUUAGCUGCAAAUUUCCUCCUUCAGAACUGAAUCACCUAUUAUUAUUAUAAUUAUUAUAAUUUUGCAGAAGUAACUAAUAUUGUUUCCUUGGUCACCAGGGACUGUUAUUGUAAUGUUACUAAAGAAUCAAGUAUCAAUGAAGCAGAUUGUUUCUAAUCAACUCGAUAUCUUUUUAAUAAGCCUGUCACACACUACACAUUCCAAUUAUAACGCUAUUUAUGAACAAAUCACAUUUUUCAUUAAAUAUGAAAUUUAAAAGAUGUAAAAUUAUUUUUUGAGGUUCAGCAUAAAGCAUGGAGUGCUAAGAUUGGAAUUCUGCUUUGCUGCAAGCUUUGUGGUCACACUAACUUUUAAAUCAGCUUUAUAUCCAGCCGAUGAUGACAUCAUUUCGAUUUGGGGUUGAAGUUGCUGCUAUUCCUAAAAGGGGGGAGGGCUUAAAAUAAACUGAAAGUUUGAUUUCAGUACUCAUACCACUAUUUGGAAAUCUUGAUUAUUAAGAUUUUAUAGGUUGGAAUGUACAUGUCAAACACUAUUACAAUUUUUUAUUUAUCAGAUCGCGAAAGACUGUGUAGUGUAUGACAGGCUUUAGUCGCAUCCAUGAUCCAUGGCUGUGUUUUGGAAAUAGUUGGUGGAUUCAAAGUUACGCUCAAGCAGCGUUUGUUUUUUUAUAUCUCAUAAUCCGUCUUGAUGACUACACAGUAGACAGGCAUUCGUGUAGCAUAAUAUAACCAAUCCAGUGUUGUCUUAUGAUACCAUAUGCAAUGGAAUCUGUGCCACUCAAAAUCAAACUCAGCUCUUUGUGAAACAGUGCCCUCUACUGUCAUAAUUUAAAUCACUGUUGUUCAGUGCUCAAUGACAUAAAAUUUCACUGAGAUCUUGGCUUCAAUUUCAUCAUAACUGCUGCACUCAACUAUAUGUACAAUCCGUUGAAAAGCAUUUACAGUUGUGCUAAACAGUUAGUGUACCCCACCACAAAAUGGACUCCUUCAUGCCGAAUGUUGAAUGUAGACAACAAUAUACCACAAUGGUCGACAAGCCCAGAGAAACAAACUUUGUUGAAUGUAAAAUUUUAUCACCUGACUUCACAAUUAAAUAUCUAAAACAUGGUAGAAUUUGAACACUUUCAAUGUGUUCAUUUUCUGGUGGGGUUCAUUAAUUUCCUCACCACUGUAUAAUCUCUUAGGGAAAAAAAAUUAAAUUUUACUUUUUCACUUCAUCCAAAUGGUUUUAAAAGCCAAGUGAGUUUAUUCAAAACUAUUUGUAUGGUGGGACUUAAAAAAACACUUUCCUUGCAUGUUGAACAUUGGAUGUACUAUGAAUAAAUAUUUUAUCUUUUACCACCAAAAGCAUACAAAGAAUUUGAUGAACACAGAAAAUAUAAUGUGUACAUUUGACUUUGAAAUUAUUAUGUUUCAAUUUGUUCUUUACAUGUCAAGGAAAAAUUUGGUAUGUUUAUUUAUUAUAUCCAUUAAUCUUGGAAAAGGAAUAAUGCUCUUAUAUACAGUUGACUGGGAACUACCCUAUCGAACCAUCAUUUUUACUCCCCCCUCCCCCAUUCAGACCUAUCCCAUUCUUUUUUCCCCGUACAGUGUAGUAUCAAUCUCUCCUUUCUCAUAGAUUCACAAGGUCUUAAUCAGUAGAAAUAACAAUAAUGAUUUAAACUGCUCAAGUAGGAAUGAUGAAUAUUUGAACUUGUCACCAAGCAAAAGGGUUCUCACUUAAUCUACCCCGACAUUUUUUAAAAUUUUGAAAACAAGGAAUUAUUAUUGAUUGGUUGUGUUUUUCGACAUUGGCUUCAUUGCAUGCUCUGUACAAUUACACUUUAACAUUGAUAUGAAACAGACAAUUUUCAAUUAGUUAUGAUCAAAAACACAAAGCUGGUCAUUCGUUCCUUGCAUAUGAUGCUGUUUAUUGUAUUGAAAAUACUAGGAAUGUUGAAUGUUUUCUUCUAUACCAAGCAAAUAUUAUUGUUUGUUUCUAUAUGUUUUUGUUUUUUUAUAAUAUUGUACAAAGUAUUGAUCAAAGAUUAUCACCUCUAGGGACUCGAUGAGUGCCAUGUUGUAAAGUGAUAAUAGUACUUGAUGAGAAUUGGUUAAAAGUUUUGGUCAUGUGAUGGCAUAAUGCAAUAGCAGGGUGCUACAUUAUUAUGUAGUCAAUGUAGGCAGGGGCAAGCAAAUCUAUUCAAUGAAUUUUGUGGUACCCAUAAUUCUCCAUCUUUCUUUUUUAAUAUUCCAUUUAUUUUGACUUAGCAAUCCAUGAAAGGAAUCAAUAAAUUGAGUUGACAUUGGAUUGUAUCUAUUAUUUAGCAUAUCAUUUUCAUUCUUUUCACAUUUUUCAUUUCCUUUUAUCUCUCAACUUUAAAUUUGGAUCUCUUGAUCUAUUACGUUAUCAAAAUUAAGGAUAUUCUUAACCCUAAUUCUCCCUGGGGCCAUAAUGCCCCCCCCCCUCGACAAUUUUUGCGAUAUAUCUGCUGCGCAAAAUUGUUUGACCUCGCCGCUCACUGACUUUUUACUUUCAAGUCUCCCGCAAAUUUUGAGACCAAAUUUAUGACGCCCGGGUACGCGGUUACGACAUUACGCAACAUUAUGUAAGUGCAUGUCAGACCCAAAAUUGCUCAUAAACGUGAUUUCAUGUACAAAUCCAAUGCAAAUUGUGUAUUUGGCCAAAAUUCAUAAAUGUAUCAUUAUUUCUACUUUUAAUGAUCAAACUUAAUUAAUUUUGCCUUGUUUAUGAUUAGAAUUAAGUUUGGAACGAUUUCCAUUGAAAAAACAAUAAAAAACAAAAAGUAAAAAAACAAGGAAAUACAUAAGAAAUUUAAAAAACAAUAAAAUACAUAAGAAAUCGGUUUUGGUACUAGAAUUUUUUUCAUUCACAAUUGUUAGGAAUGCUAUAAAGAAUAUUUUCACCCAAAAAUAGCAUUCUAGGAGCUUUAUUUAGUGAAUCAGAGCAAAAAGUAUGAUUUCAUGAAUAAAUUAGCAUAAUUAAUUCAUAUAAAAUAAAAAUAUAUGAAUUCAGUGAAAUUUGCCAAUGCAACUGCGUAGAUUACGUCAUUCUCUACCAUCAUGCAAAUUUUCGCUGUGAUCGCGCAAUCCACGGCCGAGAUCUUAAGGGGGGGGGGCCAUAAUGCCCCCCCCCCCCCCCCCCCGGGAAUGACAAGAAUCAGAAUACCCCGGGAGAUUGAGGGUUAAAAGUUUCCACAGAAAAGUUUGAUAUUUGCAUAUAAUUCUUAUCGUAUUCCAAUCAUAACAGACCAUGUAAUUUUGUCUCAAACCAUAUUAUUUAGCAUGAAUUACAACCCUGUUAAAACAAUUCAAACAACCGUUAUGAUUACCAUGAUGUGUUGCAUGUUCAAUGUGAACAGACCAUCAAAGUUGUAAGCAACAAUCAAUUUCUGCCUUUUACUUCACUGUUUGUCCAAAUGGGUCUCUUGUGUAGGCAGACUAUUUUCUGAUUACAUAGUCUUGACAUAGUCUUGAUAUUUAGUUCACUUAACCAUUUAUACUCUGUUCCAACUAGUGAAGUUGUAGGUUUGAGAAAUGAUUUACAGAAAGAAGGGUUUUGGGGGGAUAGUCAUGAUUUAAGCUUGCCAAUUUAAUUUCAUAAAUGCUAACUAUUCAAUAGUUAAAGGAAUUUAGCAUUCUACAAUCUUCUGUUACAGUGUCCAUGCUUUGAUUAAUAUUUGUUUUUAUGAAAGAUAUUUUGUUGCAUGAAAAGUACAUUAAUGAUACUGUUUGUUUUGGACAUUACGUAGGUCUCAUAUCCUCAUAAACUUGACACAAUUAAGCAGCUUAAGGGAUAAUAUUGUUGGUUUUACAUCCUCAUUUAUGGUCUUCAUAUUCUUUCCUAUAGUAAUAUGCCAUGUUAUUCUUCUGAUCUAAUUCUAAUAAAGCAUUUAACAGAUAUGCUAAGUGUUACUCAUUAAGAAGUAUUUUGCACUGGGUUUUUUUUUCCAAAAAAUAUUUGAGGUCCGAAUGAAAAUAUUUAAAAAAAAUGAUUGGGGUCCUGGAAUAGAAUUAGGUAUGGUUGGUAUUUACAAUUUAUUAUCUGACUUUUGUGUAUGGUAUGUGAUACAUCUUUUGUGUAACAAGGCCUUGACAUGUGUCUUGCAAGAAAGGCAACAAUGAAAAUACUUUUUUUUUCAGAAAAGAAAUACCAUAAGCUUUUAACAGGUUUGCCUCCCGGAGGUAAUCAAUAUGAUUCACAACUACAUGUACAGAUAUGCAUGGACACCUUUUGUGCUGUUUUGUUGGGGUCUUAAGCGGUUUCAGACGUUCUCGCCACUCACGAUAGAUAGCGCUAACAGUCACCAGUGGUGAUCAGUAACAUGUCAUUCAGACGUUAUCAUCACUCACGAUAGAUAGUGCUAUCAUUCACCAGUGGUGAUCAGUAACUUGUCAUUCAGACGUUAUCACCACUUGCAAUAGAUUGCUACAGGCGAUCAGUAGCAUGCCAUCCAAACAUUUUCACCAUUUUGCGAUAUGUGAGAUGUGUUUGGUUCCAAGAUGACAUCUGACCUUCAACAUUUCUCUCCUGGAUCGAAAUUCCUAAAUCUUGUUUUUCGUAAAUUUGUGUAUCUUGUGUACUUCAUUUAUUUAUUGUACACAUGCAAAAACAGGGAUGACACACUCAUUUUCCCCUUUAAAUUGUGAGAAUAUAAUCUCAAUCUGUAAAAGUAUGUGCAUUAGAUACAGUCCUUUUUCACAUUUUCGUAUUAAUCAUAGUUUACUACAAGGAUUCAAAAGCAAGAGUUUUACUAAAGUUGUCACGAUAUCUAGUUCUUAUGUUUAGAAUAUUCAUAAUUUAUGGAUAAAGAGCUGAAAUCUCAAAGACAAGGAAUAUGCAUUCUGAAAAUUAGUCCAAAUAUAUGUACUUUUCUUUUACCCAGUAUUUGAAAUGACUAAUUUGCUAAAUGUACAUUUGUUGGUAUCUGAAAGAUUGUUUGAUACUUACGACAACAUAUAGUGUAAAUAUCUCAGAAUAAAGGCAAAUUGAUCAUUUUCUUUUUGCUUAAAUGAA